AUGCUGAACCUUUUUGGAGUGAAGAGAAGAAAGGAAGUAAGGGUGCGUGACUUUCGUGAGCUCGCGGAUAUCCAGUGUGUCAAUGGCGAAUGGCGUCAUUAUAGCCAGGGAGCAUAUGACAAAGUAUUGCGUCACGUCGUGUGUUAUCAGGUUGAAAUCCCACAUAACGACGCAUCAAUUGCAAGGAAAGCCCGGGAAGCUAAGAUUCAAUCCAGCUGCCAUUCAUGCUCGUCACUUAAGAACUACACUGAAUUUGAUCUUUGCCCGUCCGAAAGCAAUUGCUCAGCUCCUUUUUUGAAGUCUUUAAAAGACGCAUAUGGCUGCGAGGAUUUGGUUGUGGAAUGUCCACAUUCAUCUUUAGCGGUGCAACUGAAAUCGGGUUCGAGUAUGGUUGUCUACCCGCAAGAUAUUUACUGCGAUGAAGUUUGGAUUUAUGACGAUGGCAAACAUUCUCAUGAAGUGCAAGGCAUGCUUUGCCUUAGCAAAGAACAUAAGGAGAAAUAUUUGAAAUGUGCCAGCUCGUGUCCUUCCUUGAAACAAAUAUGCCCUGCAUGUGAUGUACUUGAUGAUCUGUUCCCUAAUUGCACUUCGAGAUUGAAUUGCGGAAUGGACGGCAACGUUGUUGUCUCAAAAAGAAAAGAGGAUAAUAUGCAAGACCCUUUUCAAGCCUACUCGGAGGACAACAUGUUGCUGCUCUGUGUAAACGGGAGCUGGAUAGUGAACAUCAAUGAGACGAAGGUGCAGAUAAUGGAUGAUGAGCUUAUAUACUGUAAAUCGCUAAACAUAUCUUCGUUUACUAAAUCUUCAUCGACCACUAUGUAUUGA